CUCCCACCCACUUUUGGGUCCCCCCGCCCCCCUCGCGCGCACUCUAGCUCUCUCCACAACCUGCGAGCCACAGAUCUCAGAGGAGCGCCAGGGAGAGCUUGGAGCGCGUGCACCGGUGGAAGACAGAGGAAGCCAGUGAACAGCUUGACUACACCAGACCCUGGAAGUUUUGAGUUGCCUUUUGCAGUGGCCAAAAUGAGAAAUAAGUGGAAAAUGGGAGGAAUAAAAUACAUCUUUACCUUGUUGCUGUUCUUUCUUUUCCUAGAAGGAAGCAAAACAGAGCAAGUAAAACAUUCAGAGACAUAUUGUAUGUUUCAAGACAAGAGGUACAGAGUGGGAGAGAGAUGGCAUCCCUACCUGGAACCAUAUGGCUUGGUUUACUGUGUGAACUGCAUCUGCUCAGAGAAUGGGAAUGUGAUUUGCAGCCGAGUCAGAUGUCCAAGUCUUCAUUGCCUCUCUCCCGUGCAUAUUCCUCAUCUGUGCUGCCCUCGCUGCCCAGAAGACUCCUUACUCCCAGUGAACAAUAAGGUAACCAGCAAGUCGUGUGAGUACAAUGGGACCACUUACCAACAUGGUGAGCUGUUCAUGGCUGAAGGACUCUUUCAGAACCGGCAACCCAAUCAGUGCACCCAGUGCAGCUGUUCGGAGGGAAAUGUGUACUGUGGUCUCAAGACUUGCCCCAAAUUAAGCUGUGCAUUCCCUGUCUCUGUUCCAGAUUCCUGCUGCCGGGUAUGCAGAGGGGAAGGAGAAUUGUCGUGGGAACAUUCUGAUGGUGAUAUCUUCCGGCAACCUGCCAACAGAGAAGCAAGACAUUCUUACCACCGCUCUCACUAUGACCCUCCACCAAGCCGACAGGCUGGAGGUCUACCCCGUUUUACUGGGGCCAGAAGUCACCGGGGAGCUCUUAUGGAUUCCCAGCAAGCCUCUGGUACCAUUGUGCAGAUUGUCAUCAAUAACAAGCACAAGCAUGGACAAGUGUGUGUUUCCAAUGGAAAGACCUAUUCUCAUGGUGAAUCCUGGCACCCUAACCUCCGGGCAUUUGGCAUUGUGGAGUGUGUAUUGUGUACUUGUAAUGUCACCAAACAAGAGUGUAAGAAAAUUCACUGCCCCAACCGAUACCCCUGCAAGUACCCUCAAAAAAUAGAUGGAAAGUGCUGCAAGGUGUGUCCAGGUAAAAAGGCAAAAGAAGAACUUCCAGGCCAAAGCUUUGAUAGCAAAGGCUACUUUUGUGGAGAAGAAACAAUGCCCGUGUAUGAGUCUGUGUUCAUGGAGGAUGGGGAGACAACCAGAAAAAUAGCAUUGGAGACAGAGAGACCACCGCAGGUAGAGGUCCAUGUUUGGACAAUUCAAAAGGGCAUCCUCCAGCAUUUCCAUAUUGAGAAAAUCUCCAAGAGGAUGUUUGAGGAGCUCCAUCACUUCAAGCUUGUGACCAGGACAACCCUGAGCCAGUGGAAGAUAUUCACCGAAGGAGAAGCUCAGAUCAGCCAGAUGUGUUCAAGUCGUGUGUGCAGAACAGAGCUUGAAGAUUUGGUCAAGGUUUUGUACCUGGAAAGGUCUGAAAAGGGCCACUGUUAGACGAGACAGCAUUGGAUAGGGUAAAGCAAGAAAACUCAAGCUGCAGCUGGACUGCAGGCUUAUUUUGCUUAAGUCAACAGUGCUCUAAAAUACAAACUCAAAUGCAGUUAAUUAUUCACGCUAUGCACAGCAUAACUUGCUCCUUUAUGUGGAGUGGUGUGUCACCCCUUAACCAUCUUCUCCAAAGAGAUUGGAAGAGUCUUGAAUUAUUUGUAGGAAGAAGAGAGAUGGAACACCAUAACUCUGUUCUAGUUUCUUGGAGAAUUACAUUUCUUUACAGGUUAAAGAGUAAACAAAACCCUAGGGUUUCUAGCUAGAAAGUUAUUCAAUGAAAGAAAGAGAAAGGAAUCACUUCUUAGUAGGGGUUCUGUAAUACAGAUAAAAAUA